AUGCGGAUGCUUUUACCGUGGGUGUUUCUAAUCGCACUGCAAAGAGCACAGAGUCUUCCGGAUGUCCGGGCGACGUGCCGUACGGUACCGGGGCUAACCCGGAACCAGCUGGAGCUGUGCUACCGUGCCAGUGACGUCACAGCGGCCGCCAUUGAAGGGUUGGAGUUGGGAGUGCGCGAAUGCCAGCAUCAGUUCCAGUGGCACCGCUGGAAUUGUUCGUCACUCAGCACCAAAAGCCGCAAUCCGCACACAUCGAGCAUGCUGAAACGAGGCUAUCGUGAAAGUGCGUUCGCUUACGCAAUCGCAGCCGCAGGAGUCACCCACAGCGUAGCUCGAGCCUGUGCCCAAGGACGUCUCAUCUCGUGUGGCUGUGAUCCAUCGGUCAACCGACGCGGGAUGUCAAAGUCCUUGCGCGAGAGUCUGGAGAAGGAAAAGCUGCGUUUUCUCGACGCUAUCGCCGAGAGUAACAGCGUGUUUGAGGAAGGCGACAGCCUGCGCAAGAUGAAAGCGAAACAAGCGAGCCGCUGGAAAUGGGGCGGCUGUUCGCACAACAUGGCGUUCGGGGUGGAAUUUUCAGAGUUGUUUUUGGACGCGCGCGAAAAAGGCGCCGACAUUCAGUCACAGAUCAACCUGCACAACAACCGUGCCGGUCGAAGGGCUGUCUCGAAUAACAUGCAAGUGAGGUGCAAAUGCCACGGUAUGUCCGGAAGCUGUCAGCUGAAGACAUGCUGGAAGGCAGCACCGGAUUUCCGCGUGGUCGGGCGUGUCCUUAAGCAACAGUACCGUCGCGCGAUCCUCGUUGAUCAGUCAAACCUAGGCAAUGGGCCACCGAUGAUCGUCUACCGCAAGCCAAAGAAGCGAAAGCACGUACCCAACCUGCGACCACCCAGGCGUCAACCUCGGGAACAACAGUUUAUCCCACUCGGGACACAGAUCGGCGGUCCACAAAACCGGAAGCUGGAAAAUGCGCUCUUCUACUACCAAAGAUCGCCGAAUUUCUGCGAGCGCGACCAGAUCUCGGACAUUCCCGGCACGAUCGGACGGCGGUGCAACAGGACGAGCAGUGGUAGCGAAGGUUGCGCCUCGAUGUGCUGCGGCCGAGGGUACAAUCUGAUCCGCGAGAAACGCGUCGAUCGGUGCAACUGCAAGUUUCACUGGUGUUGCUUCGUGGAAUGUGACGAUUGUGAAAUCGAGGAGUGGAUCAGUGUGUGCAACUGA